AUGAGUGAUAGAUUAUCAGGCAUGUCAGGCCCCAGUACCCCGGUUCAUUCUGAUCAUUCAGAGUCGACAGUUGAGGGACUUCCACCCCGUCCAGGAGUUGUACCCGUAUCUUCACCCAGGGCACUUACAUCCCCACCUGUAGCUGGACCUUCACGUCCACCUGGAUACCCUCGUAGUGGACAGACCCCUAUUGCAGCUGUACCGCUUAGGGCUAUACCCCCACCUGCACCUGAGAUGCCCCCAUCUGCUCCCCUUGUACGACCUCCUAUCCGUGGACCUCCACCAGAGCAUGAGUCUUCUGGGUUUUCAGGUGUUGGACCCUCUUAUCCGUGUUCCCCUCUUUCAGUACCCUAUCACUACUAUCAGGCACUCUUGAUGGAGAGAGAUGAGUUGUUGGGCCAGAUUGGAGAGCUGACACAGGCGAUGGGGGAUUUAGACCCUAACCGGGCAGAGCGACAGUUGAGAGAGGAGAUACGUGCUUUUAGGACAGAGGCAGUAGAGAGGUUAUGUGGGAUCACCGCACCACUUGGUACCCCUGGAGAUAUUAUAGACUGGGCUCGUUGGGUCGUGGAGCGGUUGGAUGUUAUCGGAGGACCAGACUUCCCUUAG